UAACCCUAAAGGUUCCCUCAUUUCAUGUCACUGCUGUUUUCCCAGAGAUUCCCAGAAAAAUGGAAAAUUGCCUCUGAGGGUAGCUUCCUUCUGGCUCAUCGCCCGUCCCCCAAUCCCUUCCCAUUCACACACUGAACAAACACAGACAGAAAGAGCCACACUCAGACACCUACCUCUGGUGGCACAUACCACUCACACUGCUACACAGGGACUCACCCACACAAGCACACUCAUAUCUAGCUGCCUCAGGACAGGCACUGUGCUAUAUACCCAAAUUUGUAUCUAGAAACACUCCACAUAUACAUUAUUGUUGGCUCGAUCACACAUCCAACCACUAACAGCCUCUCUUAUUCUUGGUGCCCGCUGGUGUUUCCUAGAACCAGCCUUAAAGAGCUGGAGUGACAGAAGACACAUAGAUAGCUACCCUCACUUCCCAAAGGUUUUGGUUUCUGUAUAUUUUCCUUGCCCACCCUCUCUUCUCCCCAUGGAAAGUCCCAGCUUCUUUGCCAAGUCAAUAUUGGCUCCAAAGCAGGAAGCCCUAGAUGUAAUACCAUGCUUCCAACAGGCAAGAGGUAAAGAUCUAGCCAAGCCAACUUCCUGAAGAUUAUUCUGCUGACCCCACCCCGUUCCCAACUGGACCUUAAAGGCUUGCCCUGGGGCAUGAAGUGUCUCAUUAGUCCAUAGCUCUUAUCUUGGGAGUUCUGACACAAACUCUGGCAGCUCUGAACUGGCCCACCCUGAUCACCCUGAGCUCAGCCUAGAACCAUGGGGAACUGUCUGCAUCGGGCAGAAUCCGGGCCUCAGAACUCCGAAAACUGGACCUUCAGUAGUUCAGAAGACUACGACUGGUCGUUGAAUUACACUUACAACUAUACUGAUGAUGACCUAAACAUGGCUGCUCCCUGUCGUUCCUGUGUCCUGUUAGAUGACACCUCACUGCCCUUUUUUGCUAUUACCAGUGCCUUAGGCAUACUAGGUGGUGGGAUAUUGCUCUUUGCCCUCCUCAAACCCCUUGCCUGCUGGAACUUGUGCCCAGACCGGACCAUCUUGGCACAGCUGGCUGGAGGCAGUACCCUCUUCAGCAUUGUUUUGCCCAUUCUGGCACCAGGAUGGAACCCUGCCCUGGACACGGUCGUCUGUUGCAUGGCACAUGGACUCUGGUAUGCCUCAGCUUUUGCCCAGGCUCUGCUGGUGUGUGCAUAUUCCUGCCUGGGUCCUGAACUGAACCAAAGCUGGCUCCUCAAACUCUCACUGGCUGUGUGGAGUGUUGCUCUGCUGAUGGCCUUGCCUGUCACACUGGCCAGUGAUGUGGUCUCUGGGUUCUGCAUCUUACCAAUCAGCAAUGAUGAGUGGGUUUGGCCCUGGAUCCAUAUUGUGGCCUGCAUUGUCAUUUUCCUCAUUUUGCCCCUGGGACUAGUUCAGGGAUGGGCAAUUCAGAGGGUAAAAGGCAGAGGAUCAGGACCAUGGGCUAAUGUCCUGUGGGUCUGGUUUCUCUUCUGGUGGCUCCAUGCAAUAAUGAUAGGGCUUGAUGCCCUGGUAAGGACAGAAAACUUGUCAAUGCAUACAUGCUUUGCCCAGCAGACCCUAGAUUUCCUGUUACAGUCUGCAAGGAUCCUGGGGAUAUUGCACUGUCUAGCCACUCCAUUACUGCUGGCACUGUUCUGUCACCGUGCCACUUGAACCCCCACAGUCAACCCACCCUAGACCUUCCCUCUUUCCCUCCCCUCCCUACUCCUACCAGGCUCACCCUGGCAUCUGGGCAUCCUAAGAGGCAAGUUUCAGUUCUCUCUGCUGCCAACUAAAAUUAAAGUCUGUGCUGCUAUGAA